AUGUCGGAUUCGUCGGCUGACGGCGUCGGCAAGGGGUUCAACGGCGGCCAGAGGAUUGGCUCGGUUUUAUCACAGUGGCCAGGACUCCCUGUUGGUGUUAAGUUUGAUCCAACUGACCUCGAACUGCUUGAACAUUUAGAAGGAAAGGUUAGCAGGGCAGCAUCCCAUGUACUAAUAGAUGGUUUUAUUCCAACCAUAGAGAAGGCCGAAGGAAUCUGCCAUACACAUCCGGAAAAUCUCCCUGGUGUCAAAUUAUACGGAAUCGCCAGUCAUUUCUUCCACAAAAUAUCAAAUGCCUAUGAUGUUGGCAAGCGUAAACGUCACAAGAUUAGCCACAGUGACCACACUGUUUGUGAUGAGAAUCUCACAUGGCACAAGACUGGAAAAUCCAGAUCUAUCUUAGAUAAUAACGAUGUCAUAAAAGGGUGGAAGAAAAUACUGGUUCUUUACAAAGGUUCUCGGAAAGGAGGUGGCAAGGCAGAAAAAACUAAUUGGAGAAUGCAUCAGUAUCACCUUGGGGUAGAUCAAGAUGAAAAGCAGGAGAAGCUUGUUGUUUCCAAAGUCUUCUAUCAGUUCCCAUCAAAUGAUGAUGGGCAGCCCCUAAUUUGCAGUGGUAAUAAAGAAUAUGAUUCAUUUCCUGGGGAAAAUGAUCCUACAACCCCAAUAACAUACCCUGCGCAGACUCGUCGCCCAAACGGUAGCCCAUCCGAAACCGAGAUCAGGAAUCCCUUGAAACAAAGCCUUGCAAUAUUGGAUCCCACUGUUGCAAUUCCUUCUCAGUUGUAG